GGGUCAAAGUUGACCUCCCAAACCAAGAGCCGUCAAGUCCGACACUAUUUGUCUGGAGUUGCUGACAUGCUCAUGCCCAUUUUGUAUCGACGAGUUGAGAUCACCCCAUGGUAUGAGCUUCAUAUCGUGGUUUUUUUCUUCCGAAUACCCACGACUUUCUGUUACGGGAUUCGUAAUUUUCCAUGCUAAGCCUGUCUAGCAUUUUCAUGUGGCAUGGCACCUUUAGACUAUUCCUAUCCUUCUUCUUGUUCCUUUCUUCCUUCUUACAUUCAUAAUAUCAUUCUUGGGUUGGCAAACUAAACAAUAUCAUCGCCACUUCUCCCACUUCGAUUCUUGGGCAGGCCCAUUUCUUCUCUAUACCUUCUUUUCUUUUUGAAGUUGUUUUCUACCUCUUGCUUGAGGCAGGAAGUUCUCUACAUUCUUUCUCUCCGCCGGUCGGGUCAUUCAGAUUAAAAUUUACUAAUCCUUAAACCAAUCUUGGUCUUUCUUACUCGCCGAUCUCGACUUUUUUAAUCAACACCGCCCAUUAUGUUUUGGCACGCAGCCGUGACGGCAUCGCUUUUACUUGCCGGUCAUGUUAGCGCAGGAAUUAUGGAUAUGAAGCCGGUGGUUCGUCGAGAUAAUCAGGAGGAGAUGUUAAGGCGAUAUAUGAAUAAUAUUAUUGAAGAUCGCAGGAGAUCUAUCACGGAUGCACCAGCAACCACAGCAGCAACCACAGCAGCUACGAACGCUUCGGAUUGGAAUACUCAAACUGAGGCAGCAUGCACUCAAGCACUUGAUUUAUUGAAUGGACAGGCUACCAAUCCAUCCGGGUUGGCAGUUUGUUACAACUUGCCAUAUGCCGACAACAGUACUGGAGUUUUCAAGGCCGACCUCCGAAUAUAUAAUGUUUCUGCUCCCACAGGAACAUUUGCCAAUAUUCCAAGUCAGGAUGUUCAGGUUGGAUUGAGUUACGAAGGAGCUACAGUAUCGGCUGUUAAUAUGUCGACGUUGAUGGCCAGAAGCGAUGGUACAUCUUUAAUUUCAUGGCCACGAGCAAAUUCAAAACGGCAAUCAACAACAAACACCACUACGGGAAGGACCAUAACUUUAGUUCAAUCAUAUGCGUUUGUUGGCCAAAUGAAUAAGGAAUAUAUUGGCAUAGAGAUGGACAGCUCAACCAUGGAAGCACUCUUAACUCCAACAGUGACUUUAACUGGUAGAGAUGUCUCCGGUGGAACCGUGAACACAACUCUUAAUACCAACCAAGCCUCUUUCGUUAAUGGUGAAUUCUCCACACAAGCUGCUGGAGUUACUAAGACUGUCGUUCAACCACCUAUUCAAACUCUCGUCGUCGCCUCUGAAUCUCCUUUCGUGGUUCCAGGUCUUAAUAUCUUGAUCUUCCCAAUUGGUGGUGUUAUCACAGGUGUAUGGGCAAUUCUAUUCAUUGGCACACUCUCCUACGGCACCAUCGGUAGAAUGCAAUUCAGAGACCAAUUCAGAUCAAGAACCGCUAGGGCUCAAAAAGAAAAUAUGUCACGAAUUUGAAUGGGCUUGGGACCAUGAAACGAGUUAUGGGAAGUGUACAUGAUUUAUUUUUUAAAGGGGGGGGGAACUAUACCAUUUAUAGAAUUUUUGCGCGAGUAAUCGAGAACGGUGGGAUUCGAAUGGAAGGAAGGCAUAUAUUGAGGGAUGGGAAUGAACAUGACACGCCCGGGAUAACUGGCCCGGAGUUCUAGUUGAUGGAGCAAAGAUUCUUCUAGCUGAAGCCUGAAUAUUGAGCCCUCCUUCCACUCCCGGGCUACAAAUUCUCUGGCUACAACAUCAUUAUUACUUUUUCUUCUUCUUUUUUUUGUUUGUGGUUGGAAUAAAGACUAGCAAUAUUGCAGUCACGAGACACGAUCAUUACCUCAGUUUAGAAUGUAUAAUACGAACCAAAAUAAUGCAAGAUUGGGUUUGUUUGGUUUUAACAUAUAUAGUUCAAUGAACAAUCACGCUUUAUACUUGGAAACUGAUAGCAAACCCCAAAAAUCAAAAAUUUCGUGAUGAUAACCACAUCCUUGGCGAACAGCCUUACAAUUUACUUCUUA